GUCAGGGCUCGACGCUGGCUCUGCCGGGAAGGGCGGUGGCAGCCAGAGUGAGGCUCAUAACCGCCCCAGCUCCUGCCUGUGCCACGCUGCGCCGCAGCCCCUGCCAAGGAUCGAGCCCCCUCCUCACGCCCCAGCCAUGUCAAAGGUGUCACCCACAGAGACCGAACGCUGCAUCGAGUCCCUGCUGGCUGUCUUCCAGCGGUAUGCAGGGCGCGAAGGGGACAACUGCACGCUCUCCAAGAGAGAGUUCCUUGCCUUCAUGAACAGUGAGCUGGCUUCCUUCACAAAGAAUCAGAAGGACCCAGCUGUCCUGGACAGAAUGAUGAAGAAACUUGAUUUGAACAGUGACGGGCAGCUGGACUUCCAGGAGUUCCUGAACCUCAUUGGGGGCAUUGCAUUAGCAUGCCACGAUACCCUGGUUGUGCAGGCCCCUCGCCGCUAGCCCAGGCAGCUCUGCCUCUUCCGUCACCGUGGACUUGUCGUGAGCAAGUACCACACAACGCUGGAAGUAGUCCCCUUGAAAUGUGGGUGUCCCCACUCCCCCUUUUCUGAAUAAAAUAAAGGUUUUAAAUCCUA